UCCUCCUCCUCCUCCUUCUUCUUCAACUCUCUCUGUUAAUUCCACACCAUAGAAAUGAUCCUUCUCUUCUCACUUCUUCUCCAUCUCCUUCUCAACACUUCUCCGUCACUAUCUCUCUCCCCCGACGGUGUCGCCUUACUCUCACUCAAAUCCGCCGUGGAUCAAUCUUCCUCAUCCUCUUUCUCCGAUUGGAACGACAACGACUCCGAUCCUUGUCACUGGUCAGGUAUCUCAUGUAUGAACAUCUCAGACUCUUCAGUCUCCCGCGUUGUCGGAAUCUCACUCGCCGGAAAACAUCUACGUGGCUAUAUCCCUUCGGAGCUCGGGUCGCUUGUUUACCUCCGUCGUCUUAACCUCCAUAACAAUGAGCUUCACGGUUCGAUUCCGACUCAGCUCUUUAACGCGACGUCGCUUCAUAGUCUCUUUCUCUACGGGAAUAAUCUCUCCGGUGCUCUUCCUCCGUCGAUCUGUAAACUCCCGAAGCUUCAGAACCUCGAUUUGUCGAGCAAUUCGCUCUCCGGAACACUUUCUCCUGAUCUCAACAAGUGUAAACAGCUUCAGCGUUUGAUCCUCGCCGCUAACAACUUUUCCGGUGAGAUUCCUGGUGAUAUCUGGCCGGAAUUGAAGAAUUUAGCUCAGCUUGAUCUCUCUGCUAAUGGAUUCACCGGAGAGAUUCCUAAAGAUCUCGGAGAGCUUAAGUCUCUCUCCGGUACUUUGAAUCUCUCUUUCAACCAAUUAUCCGGCGAAAUCCCUAAAUCGUUGGGGAAUUUGCCGGUUACGGUCUCUCUUGAUCUCCGGAGCAACGAUUUCUCCGGCGAGAUUCCUCAGUCCGGUUCGUUCUCUAACCAAGGACCAACCGCAUUUCUCAAUAACCCGAAACUGUGUGGUUUCCCUCUCCAGAAAUCUUGUAAAGAUACUGAUCAGAACUCGCCGCCGGGGACGAGGAAGUCGCCGGAGAAUAAUGCGGAUUCGAGAAAAGGGUUAAGCACGGGGCUGAUCGUGUUGAUCUCGGUGGCUGAUGCGGCGAGUGUAGCUUUAAUAGGGCUUGUGAUAGUUUACUUGUACUGGAAGAAAAAAGACUCUGAAGGAGGGUGUAGCUGCACAGGUAACGAGAAGCUCGGUGGUGGUGGUGGUUCGGAGAAAGGGAAGUCUUGUUGUUGCAUGGCGGGGUUUCCGAAAGAAGACGAUUCAGAAGCAGAGGAGAACGAGAGAGGUGAAGGGAAAGGAGGAGAUGGAGAGCUUGUAGCGAUUGAUAAAGGGUUCUCGUUUGAGCUUGAUGAGUUGUUGAGAGCUUCUGCUUAUGUGUUGGGGAAGAGUGGGUUAGGGAUUGUGUAUAAGGUUGUGCUAGGGAACGGUGUUCCUGUGGCGGUGCGGCGACUUGGGGAAGGGGGAGAGCAGAGGUAUAAGGAGUUUGUGGCUGAGGUUCAAGCUAUGGGGAAAGUGAAACAUCCUAAUGUUGUGAAGCUAAGAGCUUAUUAUUGGGCUCCUGAUGAGAAGCUUUUGAUCAGUGACUUUGUUAACAAUGGUAGUUUAGCUGAUGCUCUCAGAGGGAGGAACGGUCAACCAUCACCGAGCCUAACAUGGUCAACGCGACUAAAGAUCGCAAAAGGAGCGGCGCGUGGUCUAGCUUAUUUACAUGAGUGUAGUCCAAGGAAGUUGGUGCACGGCGACGUCAAGCCUUCUAACAUACUUCUUGAUUCCUCAUUUACUCCAUUCGUUUCUGACUUCGGUCUCACUCGUCUAAUCACGAUCACGGCGGCUUCCGCCUCUUCCAACGAACCUUCUUCCUCCUCGGCUGGUGGAUUUUUGGGAGGAGCUAUACCUUACACUUCCAUCAAACCAUCGGAUAGAUCUAAUGGCUAUAAAGCACCUGAGGCACGACUACCUGGAGGCAGACCCACUCAGAAAUGGGACGUUUAUUCUUUUGGUGUUGUGCUUAUGGAGCUUCUCACUGGGAAGUCUCCUGAUUCGUCGCCGCCAAGCUCUUCUUCGUCGUCCACACUCGUUGUCGAGGUACCGGAUUUGGUGAAGUGGGUGAGGAAAGGGUUUGAAGAGGAGACUCCCUUGUCGGACAUGGUAGAUCCAAUGUUGCUUCAAGAAGUACACGCCAAGCAACAAGUCUUGUCAGUCUUUCAUCUUGCUCUCGCUUGUACCGAAGGUGACCCGGAGGUCCGGCCACGUAUGAAGAACGUCUCAGAGAACAUUGACAAAAUCUGAUUCAAUUAUUAUUUUUUUCUUUUUUCUUUUUGAAAUCCCUUCGAUAGUUUGUUCUUACACGAGGCCGUUACGUCACUCCCACGUCUAGGGACCAGUGGUCGAUUUGUUUUUUUAUUGAAUAAUUAAUUAUUUGUUAUGAAAAUUCAAUUAAAUGGGUAAUACAUUG